AUGGCGCCCCUCGACUCCAUUCCCAUCUCCAAAGAUGCCCUCUCCGCCCACCAACCCAUAGUAAUUUCUGGUCCUUCGGGCGCCGGUAAAUCCACUAUCCUCAAGCGCCUUUUCGACGAGUUCCCAGGCAAAUUCGGCUUCAGCAUAUCGCACACGACGCGCGGGCCCAGGGGAACCGAGCAAGAUGGCAAGGAGUACUACUUUGUAACCAAGGAGGAGUUUUUGGAGUUGAUAGAGAAGAAGGGGUUUGUGGAGCAUGCACAGUUUGGAGGCAAUCACUAUGGUACGAGUAUCAAGGCUGUGAAUGAUAUUGCGGAGAGGGGUCAGGUUUGUAUUUUGGACAUCGAGAUGGAGGGCGUUAAGCAAGUCGCGAACCAUCCUACAUUCCCUCGCCCACGGUUCCUCUUCCUGCAACCGCCGUCUAUGGAGAUCCUGGAGGAACGAUUGAGAAGUCGCGCAACGGACAAGGAGGAGGCUAUCUUGAAGAGGCUCAACCAAGCGAAGGUCGAGAUGGAGUUCGCGCAUAGUGGACAGGCACCACAUGACAAGAUCGUGAUCAACGACGACUUGGACAAGGCAUACAAGGAAGUCAAGGAGUUUGUCGUUGGCACUGAGGCAUAA